AUGAGUUUAUCAUAUAGUGCAACUUGCAGAGUUAAAAUUCAUCAAGUAGGGAGUACAGUAAAUAAGUCAAUUAUUAAAUUCCGCUGUGAUCAAUGCAACAAAUCUGUCGACGGAUUCCCAGAAUAUUUUGCUGAAUGUGCUCAAAUUAAUGUAGAUGAAUUUUAUGAAUCAUUUGGUUUUUGCCCGAAAUGCCAUACACCUUGGGAUCAGCUUAGGCCAAUUUACGAAGCAUAUUUCGCUGUUGAACAAUUAGAUGCUGGAAAUACACCAGGAAUCAACGGUUUUUCUUCUAUGACUUGUUUUGGAGAUGGAAUGAAUGAAAUAAUGGGAUUUACUGUUGAUGAAUUCAUUGAAUUAGGUAAUCAAAUUGGAUUUAACUUGUUAUUUCACUUAGCAGCUAAAUUUUUGGAGGGGUCUGAGUUUAUAAUUCGCUUCCAAAAUAAUGUUUUUCAAACAAUAUCUUUGCCGCUUGGAAAUCAAAUUAAUUUUAAGAGAUUUCUUGAUUUUAGCCCAUUAGUUGAUUCAAAAUGUAUAUCCAUGGCAUCUGCUAAUGCUUUUGAACAUCUUGAAGAUGAUUACUUACAAUAUGCUCCCAAUGUUAAGUUUGACUUUGAUUAA